UUUGAGACUUUCGUGAGCCUUUCUUUAGUCUUGAGUGUAAAUGGGAGAUGGUCGGGGCCAUUCUGAGGGCGAGAGGCAUCUGGCAGAGGAAGGUCACCCAAACGAGGCAUCGUACAGGAACCGAGACGUUCUAGGACAGUGAGAGCCAACUUCCUAAUUCCAUCGAUCAACAAACUAUAAUAACACGGAGGCCCUGACCCGUAACGUUUUAUUCGAGUGCAGGAGAGUGUUAACAAAUAAAUAAAGAAGAUACCAGCAAGUGAGAAAUGCCCCAAAGACCGGAUGAAGUGAUAGAAGAUGGGGGGAGGGCCACUCUAAAUCCGAUGACAACGGCAACACGACAAGAAGUUCUUGGCCUCUACCGCAGCAUUUUCAGGCUUGCAAGGAGAUGGCAGGCGGCAUCAGGGCAGAUGGAAGACACCAUCAAAGAAAAACAGUAUAUACUAAAUGAAGCUAGAACACUGUUCCAGAAAAACAAAAAUCUCACAGACACAGACCUGAUUAAACAGUGUAUAGAUGAAUGCACAGCCAGGAUUGAAAUUGGACUACAUUACCAGAUUCCUUACCCUCGGCCAAUUCAUCUGCCUCCGAUGGGCCUUACCCCUCUACGAGGCCGGGGACUUCGAAGCCAAGAGAAACUGAGAAAACUUUCCAAACCAAUAUAUCUCAAAUCUCAUGAUGAAGUUUCCUAAUCCAGAAGAAAGUUUAUUUCUGGGAAUGAUGAGCCAGCUAGGUCUUGAAUGUAAACCAGAUGGCAAAACACUUCUUGAUUAGCGGCAAAAAUUCAAAUAUUUUGUUAAAAUUUCUAAAACUGAUUCUCACUCCAUGAUGUGUGCUCACACAUCCCUAGAGUUGGUCAGGGAUAUGUCAGUUUUCCUGAGUGGAUGGCAUUAACCCUAGGAGUCAUGAACCUUAUAUCCUCACUGAAGUUACCUUUGGACACAAGACAGCUGAAGGAUGGAAAGCUUUUCAUGGGAACCCUGUUUACCAUAUGUGCCAGCUGAUGCAAAAACCUCAGCCAGUCACUGAGGAUUUUGUGUUGCUGGAAUUUUUUGUAGUUAAAUUUUUUGCCGUAAAACUAUGUACCGUGCUCAGACUUUUUUUUUCAAGUUACAGAUUUACUUUAAGAUGGAGUGUUUUGUCUAUGCUUUUUUUUGUCUUUUGACCCUUCCAAUUUCCACAUAAAUUACCUUUAAAAAGUACAUUAUUGGUUUGAUCAUGGGUUUUUAUUGCAAUUUUAUGUGAGACUCAUUUCUGUCUUACUUAAAUGUGUAUGUUUAUCUUAUCUGAAAGCCUGUGAUUACUUAGGAUUCACUUACGAUCACGAAAGCUCACUUGAAGCUCAUACUGCAUUCAUUAUGAGUAUUUAACAUAAUCAAAAAGUACAAGGUCUAAGUUGGCUUUCAAAUUAUGUCUAAGCAGAAAUAGGCAAAUGCAGAUGAAAAUAUAAAGGAUUUAUACCUCUGCAUGUACAGAGUCAGGUGACAGUCCCAGGCCAAGUUGUUUGUACAUCAGUAUCAUCCACCCUAACCAUAAAGAAGACGGACAUCGCCAA